CCACCACCCUAUCGCAUUCCGCAUAUCGCAAAUCCACACACACGCCGUCGCCAUCCCUCUCGCCACAGAAACGCACAAGAUCCCCACACUAUCCAACUCCGACCUGCUUACGCCGUUCCCAUAGCCAUCGUUGGCCCACCUCAUCCGGGUUCGCUCCCGGCCACAAGUCGCCCUAAUGGCUGCCAGAAAAUUACAGCAGGAAAUCGACAAGUGUUUCAAGAAGGUCGCCGAAGGUGUUGCCGAGUUUGACGGCAUAUACGAGAAGAUUGAGCAAUCGAACAACCCCGCCCAGAAGGAGAAGCUUGAAGACAAUCUCAAGCGAGAAAUCAAGAAGCUGCAGCGGCUGCGUGACCAGAUCAAGACAUGGGCCGCUAGCAACGAUAUCAAGGACAAGGCUCCUUUGCUCGAUCAUCGGAAGCUGAUAGAGACGCAAAUGGAGCGCUUCAAGGCUGUGGAGAAGGCGAUGAAGACCAAGGCAUACUCAAAAGAGGGUCUUUCCGCCGCAGCCAAGCUAGAUCCGAAGGAGCAGGCUAAGGUCGAGGCUAGCGAAUUCCUCAGCAAUAUGGUAGACGAGCUCGAGCAGCAGAUCGAAGCCCUUGAGGCCGAAGGCGAGUCGAUACAAGCUACCAUGAAAAAGGGCAAGAAUCAUGCCUCUAAGGCGGAUCGCAUGGCCGCCAUUGAGCGCGUGAUAGAAAGACAUAAAUGGCACCAGGGGAAGCUCGAGCUCAUUCGGCGGUCGCUGGACAACGGUGGUGUCGAAACCGAACAGGUGAACGACUUGGAGGAGAGCAUCCGCUAUUACGUCACGGACGGCAUGACGGAUGACUUCAUACAAGAUGAGGGGCUCUACGACGAGCUGAACCUGCAAGAAGAGGAGGACGUCUACGGAAUGAGUCAAGAGAACGACCGGGUCUCGUCGCAGGACACGCAGUCUAUACAGGAAGAUACGGUCGAGCAGGAUUCGCGGUCCGGCAGUCUACCCGGUAGCUUACCGAGUAGUCUACCGGGGAAGUCCCGGAGCGCUAUCGAGGCGGCGGCGGCAGCCGGGAGGCGGCCAUCGGGACAACUCAGGUCCCCCCUACCAACGCUAGCAACGUUACACAAUCCACUGCCGAGCGUGAGCAACGCCAGCACUGCCAAUUCUGCGAUGAAACCCGCGUCACUACCGACGCGGCCUGCCGGAGAGGGCCUGAAAUACGCUUCGGCGGCGGCAGCGGCGGCGGCAAGCGACAAGAACAACGUAGGCAUCGCGCCACUCCCACCACCUCCCGGGUCUCAACCAGCUGUGCUAAGCACGGGGAUCUCGCCUCUGCCACCGGCCGCACCCUCGAAGGCCAGUGCGGCAAAUUCCCCCAAUAUAGCCUUCGUACAACCGGCGCCGUCGGAACAGAAGUCAGGAAAUCUAUCAGUUCCGACAGUAGCGCCCGAACCUAAGACAUCUGACUCGGCUGGCGUGCCGUCGGCGCCUACGUCAAAGAGGUCGGAGAAGGCGGCGUCCUCCAAGGCCGCAGUAGCGGCGGUGGUGGCAGCGGCAAGCCAAGCGAAUGGCGUGGCGAACGGGAUCAGGCCCAUAGAGGAGAGGGAGGAAGAGUCGAUAUACCACCUACCGGCGUCGCUACAGGACCUAGUAGAGUCGUUCGAGGUGACGAGGAAACGGGCCGCGGCGGUGAACAGCGCAUCCCACCUGCGGAUGAUGGCGGCGUCGCAGGCAAGCGUCGGCGGGCCGGACGCGCUGGACUCGGAGGCGCCACGGACGUACCGGCCAGAAUCGCGGUACCCGUCGGCGUCGGGGUACCCUCAGGAGCCGCUAGCGAUCUUCGACGACCCGCGUCUCUACUCGCGGAUCGAGCCAGACACACUCUUCUACGUCUUCUACUACAAGCAAGGCACGUACCAACAGUACCUCGCCGCGAAGGCGCUCAAGGAUCAGAGCUGGCGAUUUCACAAACAGUACCAAACUUGGUUCCAGAGGCACGAGGAGCCGAAGAGCAUCACGGAGGAGUUCGAACAGGGCACGUACCGCUUCUUCGACUACGAGUCUACUUGGAUGAAUCGCAGAAAAGCCGACUUCAAGUUUGCCUAUCGCUACCUCGAGGACGACGUAUGAUGCUUACGGAGGUAGUGUUCAGACGAAUCAGGCCCGAUAGCAGACGGAGGACGGAGGGUGGCGGGGUUCGACAUCGCCGCAGCAGGGGUGUCUCCCUACUUCUCUCUGUCACUCUUUGUUUUAUUCUCGUGUGAGGAGGAAGAGGAUGCCUCUCCUUGCCCUUGCAGAGGUUGUUGUUACUGCUUGUCUAAUCUAGUCUACUUGAG